AUGGAGAUCUUUAUCAAGGCAGAGAACUACCAAGUCUGGAGGGUCAUCGAGGUUGGUGAUUUCGAAGUCACCAAAACUAAUGCUCAAAAUGAGGUAAUCCCUAAGCCUAUGUCUGAAUAUGAAAAAGAGGAUUUUGAUAAAAUGGAAAUAAAUGCUAUGGCUAUGAAAUUGCUCCACUGUGGACUUGGACCUCACGAACACAAUCGUGUUAUGGGGUGCAAGAUCGCUAAGGAAAUCUGGGAUUUGCUGCAGAUUACUCAUGAAGGAACUAAUGAGGUUAAACACUCAAAAAUCGAUCUACUUAUGUCCAAGUAUGAAAGAUUUGAAGUGCAGCCUAAGGAAACCAUUCAAGAGAUGCUAACCCGUUUUACUAACAUCAUAAAUGAGUUGGUUUCCCUUGGUAGACAGAUUCCUACAGAUGAGCAGGUUAGGAAGAUUCUUAGAAGUCUUCCACAAGAUGAGAGGUGGAGAGCUAAGGUGACAACCCUUCAGGAAACGAAGGACUUUACCAAGUUCAAUAUUGAACAACUAGCAGGUUCUCUCAUGACUCAUGAGCUACACCUUGGAGUCAACAAUGAACCCAUGAGGAACAAGGGAUUGGCUCUUAAGGCGUAUGAGGAGGAAGACUCAGAAGUGGACGAGGAUGACGCUGCCCUAAUUGUGCGAAGAUUCAAAAAGAUGUUCAAGAAAGGCCGAACCUCAAGGAACUUCGGGAAAAAGACCUCAAAUCUAAAGCCUGACUACAGCUGCCACAAGUGUGGAUCCCCAGAUCACUUUAUCAGAGAUUGUCCCCUUUGGGAAAAUGAUAAAGGAAAAGGAAAGGCUAAGGAACAGGGAAGAGAAAAAUUCAGCAAAGAAAACUAUCAGAAGUCAGACAUGAGGAAGGCCAUGAUAACAGCCUGGGGAGACUUAGAGAGUGAAAAAGAAGAUGAUGACCAGCCAGAAGAGGAGACGGCCAAUCUUUGUUUGAUGGCCAAAUCAGAUGAUGAAAAAGCUUACCUUGAAGAACUCCCAAAAGAGGUAUUUCUUGAUCCUAAACAGCUUAAAACACUCUCUAAAGAUGUCUUAAUAGAUAUAUGUCUUGAAGAAGAAGAAUUUUUUAGAGAUACAUGUGUAAAGUUGAACAAAUGUGAAAAAGCUCUUAAGGUUUGCAAAGAACAUGGUGCUUGGUUGGAAAAAGCCUAUGCCAAGUCUCAAAGCAAAUUAAGAGAGCUUGAUUUUAAAUACAAACACAUAACUAAGAUAGCUGAUAGGAUUAAGAAUGAAAGUAUUCUUCUGAAUGUUGAAUUAACUCAGUGUAAGCUCAUAAAUUCUGAUAUCAGUUCUAGCAGUUCCUCAAGCGAUCAGUUGCUUAAAUUCAAUGUUGAUUUUGAAAAUUUGAAAAAUGAGCUUUCUACUUUAAAAACUCAAAAGGAUCAACUUGAAUCUGAACUGAAUGCUAGAAAGGAUAGAAGUAUUGACCCAAAAGUUAUACCUAAGUGGAUAGCUGAAGCUCAAGGAAAAAGAACUGAAGGCCUUGGCUAUAUGACCAAGAGGAAAGGUAAGCAAAAGAAAUAUGUUGAGCUUCCUAGCAGGAAGGUAUGCACUUUUUGUGGUAAGUCUGGACAUCUCUUUGGACAGUGUAGGAUAAGAGAAGAAGCUGAUAAAAGAAAUGUAAAACAAGUGUGGGUCAAGAAAACUGAUAUUGCAUCUAUGUCUAAGGAACCCAAGGAAACCUAG